AUGGGAGCUCCUGAACCCGGCUCCAUCAUCGGAGCCCAGGAUUGGACGCUUUACUUCAGUGACAAGGAGAACACACUCGUGGCCGAGGCCCUAUCCAAGAACGCGACUUGGUAUUGCAAGCGGAUUCUGCCCAUUGCGGUCCUCCAAACUGCCAAUGUCAUCAUGAAUACGACUUCGUUGAAGUACAUUGGUGCUGGCUUCAAUUCCAUCAUUGGCAUCCUUUGUCCAGUCUUAACUGCCCUGAUCAGUGCCCUCCUGGGUCGCCGCUUUGCAGUACUGGCCUGGCUGGGCAUCGCUAUUGCAAUUGCUGGGGAUGCCGUGAUCAGCCGCGAAGGACUGCGAAAUCUGACCGUGGAGGGCCAGAGCGCCUCCCUGGCCCUGCUGGGGAUGAUGCUGGGCAUCGGUGCCCUCUUUGCGCGAUCCAUUCGUUCGGUGCUGAUGGAUUGCCAGAUGAACAAGUACGAGUCUGACCAGGACUGUCCAAAACUGUCGCCCUUGAACUUGGUGGCACUGACUUCCCCUGCAGUCUUCUGCUUUGGCUUGGUUGUAACUUUGGUCGUCGAGGGCCUUGAGCCCUUCUUCGCCAUGCCUUACAUGGGCUCACAAGCGGCAGCCCUGCUUGCAGUCAGCGCCUUUUGUGCCGUCUUCUUGAGCAUCAUGGGCAUGUUCCUGAUCAAGAUGUUGGGUGCUCCAGCUGCACAGAUCGCUGGGAAGAUGAACAUCCUGAUGACCGUGGCGGUGUCGAGCUCCUUCAUGGGUGAAAGACUCACGUUGCCCUUUGUGGCGGGUUCUGCGAUGGUUUUGUUGGGUGCCUCCAUCUUUGAACAGAUGAAGGAGUUGGCUCCGGAGCUGCUUAGUCUUGGUCGUCUUGGUCUUGUCCCAGAUGCACUGGUGCUGCCGCACUGGUUGGCCUUGACCUUUAGUCUUCUGAUCUUCGUAGGCCUGGGCUAUGCCUACCGCAGUCACGGCAUCAAAGGCGUGGGGGCCAUUUCCACGCAGGUCCUGGCCAUUGUCUUCGUCCAGCUGUCCACCAAACUUGCGGCCUGUCCCAACUGGCGACCUUUUCGGGGGCUCUGCAACCUGCCCGGCGCGCGCCGCGAUGCUCAACACUUCGCGGAGUUCUUGCGUGGCAGGAAGCUACCUGAGGAGAGUGUUUCUUUUUGCCGCGAGCUGACCCAAUGGGCCUCCAAGGUGACGAAGGGCGAGCUUGAAACCGCCAUUGGCCAGUUCAUGCACCUGAUCAAAUCAGAUCGCCCGAAGCCUUCCACGUGUCAUGUCGUUGUGGUUUUCAUGGCAGCUCACGGACGGCAACCUCACACCAGUGAAGUUCCUGCCAUUUUGCCGUCAGAUGUGAGAUUUCCGGAGCGUGAGGAGGAGUUGGUGAACUUGGACCCCUUACUUCUAGUUCCCCUUGACUCCAUCAAAUCUGAAAAGCUGAAAGUUUGGCUGACGAUCGAUGCAUGUCGCGAGAACCAAGAGAUCGUCACCUGGACUGGGAACCAGCAGUCACAGCUGCAACGAGUGCAUCGCCGGUCUGAAACAGACUUUCACAUCCUGCUCGCAUGUGACCGUGGCAGAUUUGCCAACGAUGCAUAUUCUUUGGCAGAUGUCUUGAUCGAAGCCCUUGAUGAUCCUUGGAAGGACCCUUAA